AUUUUUCAAAAUUUCACGUGUGUUCCGUGUGAAACCAAAAUAAAGAUCUUUAAAAUUAAUAAAACUAAAUGUUACAGUGAAAUUUCACUAAAAUGAAGCAUAAGAGGUUCGAAGAGAAUAUAUUGGUGGACGAGGCGUACACAAAUUACGACCGCGCCGACAAAAAUGAGGAUCAAAAGAAGGGUUAUGGUAUCGCCAAACAUUUUGCGGAAACUUUGGAGUAUGAAGACAAGAAGAAGUGGUAUCAGCAGAUGCCAGAAGAACCAUCGUCAACUAACACGGUGUCACAAGAAAAGAUAGAAGAACUGAGGAAAGAGGCCAGCAGUGCAUUACACGGGGACACCCUUGCUUAUGAGACAAAAUCCAGCAAAAGUGGAUCAUCAGAUCAGCAGUGGGCUCGCACACUGCUGUCUAAAGGAACAAUCGGAGACAGAGUGGCCGCUGCUACUAUAUUGAUACAGGAUAAUCCAAUAUACAACUUAACAGCUUUGAGAAAUCUUAUAAACAAUGUGAAGCCAGCUAAGAAGAAGGAUGGUAUUGUUAUAAUAGAUGCUCUCUCCGAGCUGCUCAUAUCAGAACUUCUCAUCCCGGACACCAAACUCCGGACAUUCGAGCAGCAUCCACUCGGGCAUAUCGAUGAGAUGACGUCAGGCAACAAGCAGGCGAGGCGGAAUGUACUGAAGCUGUGGUAUUAUGAAGAUCAGUUGAAGGAGUUGUAUGGAACCUAUGUCGAAGCACUCAACAAAUUCGCCCAUGACUCCGUGGAGACCAAUAAGGAGAAAGCUGUCAGUGCCAUGUCCUACCUGCUGAUGCAUCAUCCGGAGAGAGAGAAGAUGCUGCUAACCAACAUAAUCAACAAACUCGGAGACCCGAGCCAGGGCGUGUCGUCCAAGGCGAUAUACCACCUGUGCCAGCUGCUCUACAACCAUCCCAACAUGAAGGCCGUCGUGUUGGCCGAGAUAGAGAAGAUGCUGUUCAGAAACAACAUCUCACCCCGAGCUCAAUACUACGGUGUGUGCUUCCUCAACCAGUUCUAUCUCGGUAAAGACGACGCGCGCAUCGCUGAGAACCUCAUACGGAUAUAUUUCUCGUUCUUCAAAGCUUCUAUCAAGAAGGGUGAAAUCGACUCGCGCCUCAUGUCGGCUAUACUGACCGGCGUCAAGCGCGCGUACCCCUACGCGGAACACGACAGAUUAUCGACAGCAGAUCAUAUAGCUGCUCUACAUAGACUGGUCCAUCUCGCGCCCCUCGGAGUAGCAGUGCACGCGCUAGCGCUCUUACAUCUAGUUAGCGACGCGUCGCAGGGAUCUGCUGACAGAUACUACACGGCCCUCUACCGGAAGCUAUCCACUCCCGACAUAUUCAACACGACUCACUCGGCUCUGCUCUUCUCGCUCGUGUACAAGUCGCUGAAGAGGGAUGGCGAUAUACACCGAGUGACCGCGUUCGUCAAGCGACUGCUGCAGCUGUGCUGCUACCUCAACCCCGCGCAGGCUUGCGGCAUGCUGUUCCUGAUAUCACAGGUUUUGAAGACGAGCGACAAGAAAGAGGCGAUUAAAUUGGUGUGGACACAAAGAGAGAUCAAAGAUGAAAUUAAAGACGAACCAACAGUAUCAGAACCGAAAGAAGAGGAUAAAGAAGUUCUAGAAGAUUCCGUGACAGAAGUAGAGAAGACGAACACAGAAGAUGAAGUGAAAGAGACGAAGAAGAUUGAUUUGCUGCGGGGCGAUAAGAGAGACCUGUUAUUAGACGACGAGGAAGAAGCAUACGUGGAUCUCAAAAUGGACGAAGAGGGGAACAUCAAACCGAAGAAACGUCGCCAAACCGCCGUCACUGGUUGGUACCACGCGAGGGUGAACACAGACCAGGUGGAUGAUAAAGAUGAUAAGGACACGAAGAUACAGCUGAAGAAGACCAUUAAUAUGGACAAGGUGAUAACGGACUACAACCCUUUCGCUCGGAACCCGACCUACGCGGGGGCGCAGUGUUCGGCGUACGUCGAACUAUUACCACUCAGCACUCAUUAUCAUCCCACGGUGAGGCUGUUCGCCGAGAAGUUGUUGAACGACCAAAUUAUCCAAUACACGGGCGACCCGCUAAAGGACUUUGCGGGUAUCCGUUUCCUCGACCGCUUCGUGUUCAAAAACCCGAAGAAACGCGAGACGCAGCAAGACGCUGAGGUGAAGAAAGUGAAGGGAUCGCAUCCCAAGUUCGCCGUGAGGAAGAAUUAUACCGCUAAAGGUAUAAAGAGUGUCCCAGUAACAUCGUCACAAUAUCUCAAUGAAGACGCCAAGAGGAUACCCGUUGAUGAGAAGUUCUUGUAUGACUUCCUUCAACGUCGCCGGCAGUCGUCAGCGCCUGACGAUGAAGACAGCGACGCGGAGUCCGUCACCAGCGAUGACUUCGACCAGUACCUCGACAACAUGACCGGCAAGCCGCAGGAGUCAGACGAAGAACUGGAUUAUCUCGCCGAAAUUGAAGCGUCCAAGCAGAAGAAACCCAAAAAGAAGAAGGAUGAUGCUGCUGCUGAUGAUGAUGAGGAAUUGACUGAUCAAAGCGGUGAUGAUGAAGGAAGCGACGGCGAGUUGAACAUGUCGGGUGAUGAUGAUGAACCCGCGUUCUCCGGCGAUGAAGAGGAACUGCAACUGGAAGACAGUGAUGAUGAUGAUGAUCAGAUCGAUGUUCCUGGCAAGAAGAAGGGCAAGAAAGCGUUACAGAUUAAAGGUAAAGACAAUCUUGGAGACCUAUUCGCUUCAGCCGAAGAGUUCUCGACACUGCUAGAGGAAACAGCCACAAAUAAAAAGCAAGGAUCAAGCCAAGCAGUAUCAAAUACUGAUAACUCAAGUACGAAACAAUUGGCAUGGGAAGAGAAGAGAGAUAGAUGGAUAAAGGGAUACAACAAGAAGAUAUUAGGACAAAAAGGCAAGAAAUUCAACAAAAAACCGCAAAACAAGAUGGUGGAUAGAAAGGGCAACAAAAUGGCGGACAGAAAUGGCGGGAAGCGAAAAAUGCCGCAUUCAGUUGAAAAUGGCGGGAAGAGAAGAAAAAAGUAGUGUGUCUGUCUGUUGUUAAUUGUGAAUGAACUUAAUAAUUAUUUG